AUGGAUUCUCGCGGCGAAAAGCCCCCGAGCGGCGACCGUGACGCCGCAGCCGAUCCCAUCACCCGAGAGCCGUCUGCCGCCGGGUCGAUAUGGGUCGCCGAGUCCAUGUCGCUCCCGCGCGAGGCGGCAUUCGUCGCCCUCGUGUGCAUGGCGCAGUUCUGUACCCAGGCGUCAUACCUGGGCACGCUCGUCCUCCUCCGCACAAUCGGCCAGACUUUCAACGUCACCAGCCCGCCUCAGCUCGCCUGGCUCGUUGCCGGCUACUCCCUGACCGUCGGCACCUUCAUCCUCUUCUCCGGCCGCCUGGGCGACGUCUUCGGGUAUAAGCGCCUCCUCAUCACCGGCCUGGCCUGGUUCUCGCUGUGGUCGCUCGUCGCCGGCCUCAGCGUCUACUCCAACUACCGCCUCGCCGUCUUCUCCCGCGUGCUCCAGGGCAUCGGCCCUGCCAUCUGCCUGCCCAACGCGCUCGCCAUCUUUGGCACCGCCUACGCCCCGGGUCACCGCAAGGCCAUGGUGUUCGCCUUUUUCGGCGCGGUGGCGCCCAUUGGCGCAGUGUUUGGCGGCACCUUUGCCUCGCUGCUGACCCUGGCCUGGUGGCCCUGGGCGCUCUGGGUCAUGGCCAUCUGGCUCGCCUUCCUCGCCGUCGUGGGCAACUUCGUGAUCCCGACCCUUCCGAGGAAGAAUGCGCCGCCGCGCGACUGGAAGUCGUGGGUGCAGGUUCUGGACCUGCCUGGCGCCUUCGUCGGCAUUGUGGCGCUGGUGCUCUUCAACUUUGCGUGGACGCAGGCCCCGAUUGAUGGUUGGGGGACGCCAACGGUCAUCGUGCCUCUCGUGCUUGGGCUUUUGCUUUUCGGCUUGUUCGUCUUCAUCGAGCUCAGGCUCAGCUCGAUGCCGCUCCUGCCGUUCGACGCGGUCAACGCAGACGUCGCCUUUGUGCUGGCUGCCGUCGUCUGCGGCUGGGCCACCUUCGGUAUCUGGACACUGUAUCUUGUCCAAAUCUUGCAAGACAUCCGCCAUCUCUCCCCACUAUUGACCACGGCGUGGUUUUGUCCCGUGGCCAUUGCCGGCGCUGCCGCCGCCGUGUUUACGGGUAAGCUCCUAGGUCCGUGGCAGGUCAGGCCUCCCCUGGUCAUGACCUUUGCACUCGUUGCCUUCACCACGGGGGCCAUCUUGACAGCCUUUGCGCCAACCACGCAGCUAUACUGGGGCCAGACUUUUGUAUCCAUGAUCGUCAUGCCGUUCGGCAUGGACAUGAGCUUCCCCGCCGCGACCCUCAUUCUCUCCGACGCCGUGGCCAGGCACCACCAAGGCAUCGGCGCCAGCCUUGUGAACACCGUCGUCAAUUACGGAAUCGCUCUGGGGGUUGGCUUCGCAGGGACCGUCGAGGUUCAUGUGCACGGCAACGGCGAGACCAAGGAGGAGAGGCUACGAGGUUUUCGCGGCGCGUUGUACAUGGCUAUCGGCUUGGCUGGGCUCGGUCUCAUUGUAUGCCUUGCCUUUUUGACCCGCGAACUGACUAGGUCACGGCGGUCGCGAUGA